GCUUUCGUUUUCGGUUUCUCGGGCCAGGUCCAACAACCAGCUGCAAGAUGGCUAGCGAGUGCGUUUCGGUUAUCCAAAAGUCGGCAGAGAAAGUUCGACAUCUUCUCGCCUCAGUCAAAGACGGCGGUCAAGCUGUUGACUGCGACCUCGUCUUCAAAGAGAUCAAAUCUGACCUCAAGGACAGCAUCACCGCGUACCUGUCCACCGCUGAUGACGAUGGCACGGCACUCCUGGUAGCCGCUUUAAACGAAUGCGUGCGCACGGUCACAACGGAAUGCUUCUUAACCUCCACUAGCGAUGACCAGGCAUUGGUGUUGAACAAAUGCGUGAACAUGUAUCUCGGCUUCAGCUCUCACAUGAUGGACAAGAUGCGGACACCGCGACUGUACGUCACCGCACUUUGUUCCCGAAUCCAGGCCCUCGAGGUAGUCGCUUUGCUUCUGGUGAAACGAUCGCGGUACGGCGAACUAGACGGGUACAUCAAGCAGCUUGCCGAACAGAUCCGCUGUUUCAAAGGUGUUGCGGCUGAGGAUGCGAAAUCGGACAAGGAUAAGCUCAGAGCGCGCCACGCGGAAUCAGUCCUGCUGGUAUGCCGCUUUGCGGCGAUGACAGCGACGACCGCGAACUCUGAAGCGGCACUCGAGAGCCUCUACGCUGCCAAGAACGCGUGCUGCGACGAUUUUCCGUCACUGCACAAAUAUGUUUCGUUGAGGGCCUACGCUGCGGGUGUGACGUGUUUCAAGAGCGGCCAGUACCAACACUCCGUCUCUUACUUCCGGGAGUCCUUCUGCCUCGGCAAGAACUGCACCGACAUCAACAGGCAGGCUCACACGCUGUAUCUCCUCGGUUCUGCCUACCUCCACUGGGACAAGCAGGAGCACUGGGAAAAGGCAGUCAAUGCCUUGGACAUGGCCAUUUGGCACCGUCCAGGACAGCUGAACUACAUGGCCAAGAAGUUGGAAGCCCUCUACUCGAGCGGUAACGACAAGCAGAUCUCGAGUACGCUGGACAACAUCCUCAAGCACCAAGACAUUGCAAUAACACAAGUGCUCGGAAUCCACCAGUCAAUAAAGGAGAACGGCUUUGCCCAGCAAGCCAUCGAGUUCUUGCAGAGAGCCUACAUACGCUUCAGCCAAGACCGCGAGGCCCUGUAUCUGCUGGUGGAACUCCUCAAGGCUGAACUCGACAGCAACGAGUUGGACCGUGCCUCACUAACCUUCCAGAGAAUCCUGGUACAGGACAGUGCCAAAACAACACAAUUCGCUGCUCAGAGUCUCCGGAAGCUCUUCCGCCACUUGUUUCACUUUGGUUGUAGCAAGGCUGAAUCGGGCAGCACCUCUGAAGCAGUGGAAUGGCUCAGGAACUGUGAGACGCUUGUGACAACAUUCAGAGACUCUUUUGAUGAGGAGGACGUGAGAAAGGAGGUGGACAGUAUGCGGCACUGUUUGGUUUAUUGGAGCCUGGAUCUUGGAAUGACCAACACGGCAAAGGAGACCUUGGAGCAGUGUACGGACACACACAAAGUGAUUAAGGCUUAUCUGAGGCUCAAGAUUGCUCUCGAAGAAGACAACAGAGCUGAUGCGAUCGCAGCUGUUCACAAGAUGCUCCAGCUUGUCAAGGAAGCCAAUCGUCUCGAGCAUGACAAUAUCGCCAAGAAAGUCUCAAAUGCCCUUAUUUAUGCAGCAAGCCUCACAUUGAAGGUUAGAAAACACAGUGCGAUUGUUUAG